AAUAAUCGCCGACGGCAGCAACAAUGCAACCCUCCCAGUUUGGCCUGCCAAUUUAGCUGGCGUCUGCUACACCAACACCAAUGCAUUCGCCUCUCUCAGCACUCUCGCGCUCUCUGACGGAAUGUACGUGAGAAUGUAUAUGAGUGAAUGCGUGCGUAUGUGUGUGUGUCAGUUUCGCAGCUGUGUCAGUUCGUUUUACAUACGACGCGUGUUGGUGUCGGCAAGUUUCUCGCUCGAUUUGUAUUUGCUGUGAAAUAAAUAUAAAAACCAACUGAAAUUGCUCGUUGGUGUGUGCGUGCUGUGGCUAAGCCAUGUCUACAUAUAAAUCAAAUGUAAAAUUGUGCCGCGCUAUUGCAAAUCAGCCGAUAUUGUAUGAUGAAAGUAAUGAACAUUAUAGAAAAAGAUUGCCUUCAGAGAAUUGCUGGGAUUUAGUCGCUGCAGAGUUGGGAGAGCCUGCGGAUAAGUGCAAGCGUCGCUGGCGUCAGAUUCGUAACGAUUACGUGCGUUGGAUAUCAUCGGACAAUCAGCGUCAGCGCAACGGACAGAAGCGUCCAGGGUUUUACUUGGCCGACGAGCUUCAGUUCUUGAAACCGCAUCUGUUGCUUGUCGAUCGCGAGAGAGAUUCGCCGGAGAGUGAGCGCGGUAGCGAGCGAGAUAGCAAGAGCAAGAGCAAAGAGCCAGCGAUUGAGGAAUAUAAAGGCAAGCAAAAGGACAUUGACGAGUCAGUGGAGGAGCAGCCGCUGGCCAAGCUCAAGCAGACGGCUAAAGAAAAAGAACUAGAGAAAGAGAAAGAUAAAGACAAAGAGAAAGAGAAAGCAAAACAGGAAGACAAAGAAAAAGAGAAAGAGAAAGAUAAAGAUAAAGACAAAGUCAAGGAAAAAGAUCAAGCUAAGGAUAAAGCCACAGAUAAACGAGCGGAUAAGGAGCAAAAGUCUCGAUCAGAGGACCCCGCCACGCCCACAUCCCCCGUGGACUCGCCCGUGGGCAGCUCGAAGCAGGAGUUUUUCAUCAAGCAGAGCAACAGCAAUAAUCUCUCCAAUUGCCUGAUCAUUGGCGUGAAACCGGCCGGCUCCUCGGCUAGCGACUCACCACUGCUCGACUCAAUGGCGGACGACAGCGCCGACGAGACCGCCAGCAUGGGCGGCGGGCGGCGUUUGCGGCGUGGCGCCAACCGCACCAAGAACCCGGCCAUACAGAAGGCGACCGUCGAGCAGCGCCUGACGCGCCUGCAGCGUCGCAAAUCCAUGACCAUGGCGGCGGCAAACAGUUUGAUGAGCUCCACGUCGCCGGUGAAGAUGACGCCGGUGCCCCGGGCCAGUAUGCCCGCCAGCACCACCGCCAACACCAAUGCCAACGCUGGGCAGCCUAAGGCGGCCAAUAAGGCGCCCGCCAAGCCAGCGCUGGCUGGCGCCCGGGAUGACAUAUUUCCACGGCCGAGGGCCGCAGCUCCGGUCAACCAGCAGGUGGUGCUCGCUCGCCAUCCCGGCGUGCCGCUCCAGAUGCCACCAAAGUUGCAGCCGCCGCAGGGCGUGCAACUCAUGCCGCCACGUCAUAACUACGGCACUGGACGUCCGCCGGGCCCGGCACGGCUGGCGGCCAAUGCGCAGGCCAAACGUCUGCUGGCUGGAGCUACGCCACCCGGACCACGGGUCAACUUCGCCGGGCAACAGCGCCCGCCGGCGCCGCUCAACGAUGGCUUCAAGUCGCCCGCAACCAGCUCGGCGCCAACCUCGCAGGCUCAGGCUCAGGCUCAGCUGCAGCAGCUACAGCCACAGCGGGUCGUCUCCUCGAGCAACACUCUGGUGAUCAGCACCACCAACAACAGCUCGACGAGCAGCUCGAGUUGCAUAAACAGCAUGGCCAACAUGGCCAGCACGUCCAACGUGGUGAGCAUGGUCGGCUUGGCUAGCAUUGCCAGCUCCAGCUGCGGCUCCAAUUCCAAUUCCACUCCCAGCUCGAGCUUUGCCACACAGACAGCCUCGAUCACCGCCUCGCCGAUUGUGAGCACCACCCCACCCACCAUAGCGCUGAUCAAGCGCUGUGAGCGGGGCAACCAGACCGAGUGCCAGGACAUCUUCUCGGACGAGCACUUCUUGGAAAUGGUGCGGCCGCAGAUGAAGGAGAUGAAUCCGCGCCAGAAGAUGCACUUCAAGCAAAAGAUCUUCCAGGCCCUGAUCGAGAUCUUUGACGAUGCCACCGACUUUCCAGCCAGCGGCGAGGUGCAGCACUUCAAUAUAAACACCCCGUCGGGGUUCGAUCAUGUCACCGACGAUGAGCUGCGUCUCAUACGGGAGCUGGUCAGCAUGGUGGGUGCUGCCAAGCAUUCAGCCGGCAUACCCAUGCCCAGCUCCAGUUCCAGCUCUGGCACGCCGUUGAUGGCACAGCGUCUGGCCACCCCCAAGACGCCAAGCGUGGCGGCGAAUGCCUUGAAGCCAACCCUAACAACGCCUCAAGGCGACGAGAAGAAACUCUAUCGCAUCAUGAAGAUGAACAACUAUACCAAGAUCGUGCCCAGUCCAUCAUCAUUGACGGAUCAGCGCAAGGACAGCGUCGACAGCAUCAGCAGCAGCUGCACCAUUCCAUUGGCCAGCAGCUCCUCUCUCAGCAACAAGUUCGCCGUGCCCGGCGUGGGAGUCAAGGCCGUGGCCCGUCCGCUGGAUCCCUUGAACCAGCUGUUCGGUCAGGGCGGCAAGCCAGCGGCCGGUACGGGUAUCUCCCCCAAGGAGCCCAUCCUGGUGCGCCAAAUGGGCCGACGCUAUUCGGUCUGCGGUGGCGGUGGUCCCACCAACUCCUUGGGCGUCAAUGGAGUCAAUGCCAGCAGCGCCAACAUCGACGUGGCCGUGCUCAAGCGUCGCAUCCCGCCCGUUGCACAGCCCAUGGCGGCGCCUGUCCAGCGGCCCCGCUACUCGCCCAACUCCCAGCCGCCGGCCAACCCGGCGGCCAACAGCCUGCUGAUGCGCCGCGUCAACGCCAACGGCGGCCAGCGCCAGGCGUCGCCGCUGUCGGCGAGCGUCGUGCCCCAGAAGACGCCGCAGAUUGCGAGCAUCCAGGGCAACGUCUUCAACGAGUUUGCCACGCCCACGGCAGUAAGGGGCGGCAGCGGCAGCGGCAGCGGCUCACCAAGUGGCAUCUCCCCAGGCAUGCCGCCGCUCAAGCGUGCCAUGAUCGUGGCCAAUGCCAAGAACACAGCACAGCCAAAGCCAACGACGACCCUGGCUCGCACCCAGGUGAGCCCGGUCAGCGGCCAGGCAAGGUCGCCCAGCCAGUCGCCCGGAUCAAAUGUGGCCAAUCUGUUGGCCGAGCCACGCCCAGUGGUGCCCAAUGCCGACAUGGCCGGCACUAUUGCAGCGGAUGACUUCGACAUGGGUCGCCUAAAACGGGAGCCACUGGACCCCGAAGAUACGGCGGUCGACAUACUGGGCCUAUAAAGAAGCCAAAAAA